AUCCUCUUUUCCAAUUCAGAACCCCACGCUUAUUUGUUCCAUAGCGUCCAUAUAUGUGGAGCAGAUGAAGUGUGUUCGGGGGUGUAUUCGCCCAUUUCUCAGCCAGUAUUCACCAUUUCUACGUUCCCGAGCGCAGCAGCGGGAUUUCUCCAUCUUUCUCAGAAAACAAUGGCCAACGCCGCAAGCCAAAUCGGAGGAUUCGACGGAUCCGCAAUCUUCUUUAUUUUCAUACACAUCAGGCCGUUAUCUCUUCAACGAAGCCAAGCGCCUUGAGGACCGUCACGUUGUCUUUCACGUUGCUGGUCUGAAGCUCGCAGCCGAAACCGCAGUAGAAAACAAACAUGGCCAGGUCCGCAGUCUGGAGAAGCGAGCCGAGGGAGGUUUCAACCGGGUGUUCCUUCUAACUUUUGAAGACGGCUUCGAACUAAUCGCCAAGGUGCCAUAUCGGCUGGCGAAACCGGACUAUUAUACGACUGCGAGUGAGGCCGCUACUCUUCCGUUUCUUCGGCUGAAAGGCAUACCUGUUCCCCACAUGUACGGAUACUCGCCAAAAUCGGACAAUCCAGUUGGCACUGAAUACAUCUUUAUGGAGAAAGCGCCGGGAGUAUCACUAGCUUCGCAAUGGACUUCUCUCACCGAAGGCCAAAUACGGAAGGUGACCAAAAGCUUCGUGGACAUUGAGCAGAAGUUCUUCCAAAUCGCUUUCGGCGCGACUGGUAGCUUAUAUUCCAAGAAAGAUAUACCUUUGCAGCUUCAGGCGCCGCUCUACUCUGCCAACUUCGUAGCAGAACGUCCCGAGACAGAAACCUUCUGCGUCGGUCCUAUUGCCGAUUACAUGUUCUGGUAUGGGCGAAGGGCCAGUCUUGAUUUGGACCGUGGUCCAUGGACCGAUCAUGUAGCCUACCUCCGUUCCAUCGCACAAAAGGAGAUCGAAUGGACGCGACGCUAUGGCGAGCCAACAGAACCCACUUUUCCUCACAACUGCCUGGGCCUAGGUGUCCAAGACCCGAACGACUACCUCCGACUUCUCGACGACUAUAAGUCUCUGACCCCCCACCUGUUGCCAAAAUCUCCAUCACACCCCUUCAACACACCAAUUCUCCACCACCCUGACCUUACGCACAGUAACAUUUUCAUAUCACCAAAAAGCGGUGAGGUUUCGUGCCUAAUCGAUUGGCAGCACGCAUUCAUUCAACCGACUCUUCUAGCAGCCGGGUAUCCCCCAGCCUUCGAAAACCCGGAUGAGGAAUGGCCAACCGAUUUGGAAGAGCCCCGACUCCCGCCGGAAUUGCAGACUUUGGAUGAUAACGACAAGGCUGGUGCGACAGAGCUCUAUCGACGACGCCUCGCCUUCUGGAGCUAUCGAGUCCUCAACGGCCAUUUCAAUAAGCAGCACAUAGCAGCUCUACGCGAUCCCCUCUUGAUCGGCCGACAAAUGCUGGUCGAUAGGGCCGGCCGUCAGUGGUCCGGCAAUCUAGUCACGCUGAAAUCCACGAUUCUCCUAGCCGCGAAAUUCUGGCAGCAUUUGCCCGACGUCGAAGGCAUCGCUUGCCCCGUGAAGAUCGACGAGGAGGAGAUGGAUGAUUUUGCCAAGUUGGAGGAGCGAUGGGUGAAUAUGAAUAUGGGUGUGGAGCUGUGGCGGACGAGGCUUUGCGGUAUGACUGAGGACGGAUGGGUCAGCAAUGAGGAUUAUGAAGAGGCGAAAAGGCAGCAUGAACAGCUGAAAGAGGAAAUGUGGCAGGCUUGCGAUGAUGAGCACGAGCGGAUGGCUUUUCGGACGGGUUGGCCGUGGCGGGAUCAUGAGGAGAUUGAGUGAGCAAGCGGUACGGGAGGAUGAUAUACAAUGCAUAGUGUAGAGUCUUCUGUGGAAUUGGCUUCUCUUUGAGCAACUGGAGG